AGAGAUGUCUUUGCGACCGGACACACUGUGCCUUCACAAAUUGGCCCGGAUGCGUUACCUCUCCCUCCCCACAGCACCACACUGCCAGGUCACCUACGUCUGGAUAAAUCAGGAUGGGACCAACCCCAAAGCCAAGACCCGGAUUCUAGACUCUGAGCCACAAAGCCUCCAUGAUGUGCCACAGUGGUAUUCGACGUACUAUCUGGACUGCGUUUAUGAGAUGACUUUGAUCCCAGUUCAGAUGUUCCGGGACCCGUUCUUGUUGGACCCACACAAACUGGUUCUGUGCGACACACGCCAACUCAACGGAGCACCAGCACCGGGGAACAGGAGGCCAGAGUGUGCGGAGGCUAUGGAGGCUGUGAAGGACCAAAAGCCGUGGUUCGGGUUUGAACAGGAGUAUCUGCUCAAGGCUCUGGAUGGACUGCCUUUUGGAUGGGCCUCCACCUUCCAAGACAACAACACUGCCUCUGCCCAUGUCGGGUUGAAUAAGGUCUUAGGUCGAGACGUGAGCAUCAGUCACUGUAAUGCCUGUCUGUACGCAGGGGUGAAGAUCACAGGGAUAACAGGAGAGGUCAUACCUGCACAGUGGGAGUUCCAGGUUGGCCCCUGUGAGGGCCUCGCGCUGGGGGACCACGCCUGGAUGGCUCGGUACAUCCUCCACCGAGUCUGCGAGGACUUUGGGGUUGUUCCCUCGUUCCACCCGAAGCCUGUGGAGCACCCACGCUGGGCCAGUGGAGGGCACAUGAACUUCAGCACGGAGAACAUGCGAGCGGAGGGGGGCAUCACACACAUCCACACAGCGAUCAAGCGCCUCGCCGAACGGCACACUGAGCACAUAGAGUGGGAGUUCCAGGUUGGCCCCUGUGAGGGCCUCGAACUGGGGGAACAUGCUUGGAUGGCUCGGUACAUCCUCCACGGAGUCUGUGAGGACUUUGGGGUUGUUCCCUCGUUUCACCCGAAGCCUGUGGAGCACCCACGCUGGGCCACUGCAGGGCACAUGAACUUCAGCACGGAGAACAUGCGAGCGGAGGGGGCAUCACACACAUCCACACGGCGAUCAAGCACCUCGCCGAAUGGUGUAGAGGUCUACGGCAACAACAGGCUGAGUUUGAACAGUGUGGGGCUGUGCUUGCAUUUUUGCGUUUUCACCUUCAUGACAUCAUUGCAGUGUCAACCACAAGGGGCGGGGUUAUCUGGAGCACCGCAACUCACACACAGACUUACCCACAGACCCCUACCUGGUCUGCAAGGCUCUGGUCCAGACCUGUAUCCCGCCCCCUACAGACCACACACUGAAGGAGCAGAUGUCACAGUGCAACAUCUGAAGUGUCAACACAGGUUUAAAAGACAGGAGACAGCGCGUGCGGCUGGGGAAGAAUGUCUCGGACACUCGGACUAUCAGCACAGGAUCUCCACAGGGCUGUGUACUUUCUCCCCUGCUCUUCUCCCUGUACACCAACUGCUGCACCUCCAGCCACGACUCCGUCAAACUGGUUAAGUUUGCGGAUGACACCACCCUCAUCGGAUUCAUCUCGGACAGCGAUGAGUCUGCCUACAGGAGGGAGGUGGACCGGCUGGUGUCCUGGUGCAGCAGCAACAACCUGGAGCUCAAUGCCCAGAAGACAGUGGAGAUGAUUGUGGACUUCAGGAAAGUCACAGCCCCCCUGCCUCCCCUCAUCCUGACGAACUCCCCCAUCACCACUGUGGACUCUUUCCGCUUCCUGGGCACCUGCAUCACCCAGGAUCUCAAGUGGGAGCCGACCAUCAGCUCCCUCAUCAAGAAAGCCCAGCAGAGGAUGUUCCACCUGCGGCAGCUGAGGAAACUCAAGCUGCCAGUCCAGAUGAUGGUGCAGUUUUACACUUCCAUCAUUGAGUCCAUCCUCACCUCCUCCAUCACUGUGUGGUUCGCUGGGGCCACUGCCAGGGACAGACAGAGACUGCAGCGCAUUGUGCGCUCUGCUGAGAAGGUGAUUGGCUGCAGCCUUCCAUCUAUACAGGACCUGUACAUCUCCAGGACUCGGGGGCGAGCAGGCCAUAUAGCAGCUGACACUUCUCACUCUGGACAUGGACUAUUUGAGCCACUUCCCUCUGGCAGGAGGCUACGGUCCAUUGGGACCAGAACCUCUCGCCAUAAGAACAGUUUCUUCCCCUCUGCUGUGUGUCUCAUGAACACUUUAUAAUAUCUGCACUAAACUGGACACUUAAUAACACCAGUCACUUUAAUAAGCCACUUUGCACUGUUGUUCUGAUGCUGCUGUUGUACAUAUUUUCUCCCUUUAAGUAUUUCAUUUGAUUUUUUUUAAGCAUAUCUUUUUAACUUGUGCAUGCCUUUAUUUGUGUUUGUAUUUAUUCAGUGUGUUUAUGUUGCACUUUUUCACCGAAUCAAGUUCCUAGUUUGUGAACUGUGUUCACAGACUAUGGCAAUAAAAGUAUUCUGAUUCU